CAUAUUCGAAGGAAAAGAGGCCCUGCUUUUCGUUUCCACGUCUCCCGCAUCAGGCUGUCCUCUCUAUUCACUCUAUCUUCACUUAGCCAGACUCAUCUGAUGUUGUCCGUCGGAUAACACGGCAUUCCAUCACGGUAUUAUUGGCCUCUCUCGACAGAAGCAUCUCGAAUCAUCUUCUUUUUCUAACUUGACACAACACGGAACCUGACAACGCACCUCUGGCUAUUCCGAAGUUCUGCCGACCCAGCCCCAGGCCUCUUAGGGACGAUCGUGCGGGGAAGCUGUCGUGGACAUAAGAAAGGAACAGCUACAAGUGAAAGAGCAAGGAAACAACACCAGCUAUUUAUUACCAUGGCUACCACUACGGCGAUUAUUCAAGGGCCUCUCACUCUCCGCGGACAGCAUGGUGACUGGCGGGAUGACCUCAUGUCGCAGGGAUACGUUGUGGUGAAGCAGGCUAUCAGCUCGGAAAAGGCCCAGUAUUACCAGCAAAAGGCGUUUGACUGGCUGAAAUCGUUCGACACGGGGCUCGACUUGAAUGAUCCAUCCACAUGGACAGCAGAGAAUCUGCCGAUCCAGAGCAGCAUCAAUACCUUCACCAACUACGGCGUCAGUCACGAGAAGUUCAUGUGGGAGGCUAGAAUGGAGCCGGGAGUGGUGGAAGCCUUCAGUCGCAUCUGGGGCACCGACCAGCUGCUCGUCUCCUUCGAUGCACUCAACAUCACCUUCCCCAACCGCGUCGACAAGCCGAUCCAGAAACCCUGGCCACAUGUCGACCAGUCACCCUUCCGUCGAGGCGUCCACUGCAUCCAGGGGAUCAUCAAUCUCAGCCACGCUGGCGCGGAAGACGGAUCACUGAUGCUGUACCCGCGCUCGAACACGCUGACAGAGACCUUCUUCGACACCCAGACUGAUCCCUCAACCUGGGAGAAGAAGGAUUACCGCACCUUCACUGAGAAAGAGAUGGCCUGGUUCCAUGCCAAAGGACUUCAGCCCAUCAAAGUGCACGCCGAACCAGGAGACCUAAUCCUCUGGGACUCUCGCACCAUCCACUGGGGGGGUGAACCCUCGCCGGAUAGCAACACCAUUCGCACGGUGAUCUACGCGUCGUACUCGCCUGCCCGCCUCGCCGCACCGGAAGCCCUCGAGGCCAAGAAGGAAGCCUUCGCUCGCUCUCUGAACACCACGCACUGGGCACACGAGAAUAUCGUUGUGCGGCCGCAGUUCCUUCUCCUGCCUGACGGGACGCCUGAUCCUCGCAGUCGCUCCAAGCCUAUCGAGGAUCCUAUUCUGUCUGAGCGUCUUUUACAGUUGGCGGGGAUGAAGCCAUACGAAUGAUAAACAGAAAUAAACAUGUACUUUAGUACCGAAGCCGUUCUAACAUAUUAGUUAUUAGUCUAGUGGAUCGUCAAAUGGUAUUCAGGCCACCUAUUCCAAGGUCAAAGGACAAUCCUGCAACUGCAGCCUAAUCUUUUCUCCGCAUUCCAUUUCCGGCUGGCGAUCAUCAGCUAAACGAGGUGAGUCAUUAGAAUAC